UACAACAGAAAAAUGUCUGGACAUAGCGCAGAGGAGGCACAACUUGCUUCUUGCCAGGCUUAUGUGCGUCAACACAAUAUUCAACAACUUGUUAAAGAUGCCAUAGUAUCUUUAUGCAUCCAUAAACCUGAAAAUCCGGUGAUUUUCUUGCGUGACCAUUUUGAUCAGUUGUCAACCGAUCAACAAAACUUCUCCCAGGAAACAGUCCAUUCAGUUCCCGACGAAGACGACACCCUGGAAGAACCUCCACGUCUCCCACAAGGCAAUCGCCGCCGAUUGGGCGUUUCUGCCGAAGUUCCAGAUGAAAAUGAAGCCGCGAAUUACCAACGAGUAGUUAUUCCUAAAGAUGAUGACACACAAAAAGCUUUGAGACAGGCAAUGUGCCGAAAUGUUUUGUUUGCCCAUUUGGAUGUUGAUGAACAAAAAGCAAUUUUCGAUGCAAUGUUUCCAGUAGAGAAGAAAAAGGGAGAAAUUAUUAUUGAACAAGGAGAAGAAGGAGAUAAUUUUUAUGUAAUCGAAAGUGGAGAAGUUGAUUGUUUCGUUAAUGGGGAAUUUGUUCUCUCAGUUAAGGAAGGGGGUUCUUUUGGUGAACUUGCCUUGAUUUAUGGAACUCCACGUGCUGCUACUGUUGUAGCUAAGACCGCAACAGUCAAACUUUGGGCUAUUGACCGACUCACCUAUAGAGCUAUUUUAAUGGGAUCUACAAUGCGCAAAAGAAAAAUGUAUGAUGAAUUUUUGUCAAAAGUUUCAAUUCUUGCCGAUCUUGACAAGUGGGAACGUGCAAAUGUUGCUGAUGCUUUGGAGCAAUGCCAAUUUGAACCUGGAACUAGAAUUGUUGAACAAGGCCAACCCGGAGAUGAAUUCUUUAUAAUUGUUGAGGGAGAAGCCGAGGUGCUACAACGGCCAAAUGAUGAUGCCCCAUACGAAGUUGUUGGGAAAUUGGGUCCUUCUGAUUAUUUUGGCGAAAUUGCUCUUUUAUUGGAUCAUCCUCGUGCAGCAACCGUUGUGGCUAAAGGGCCCCUUAAAUGUGUAAAAUUGGAUAGAGCUCGAUUCGAGCGUGUUAUGGGCCCGGUGCGUGAAAUUCUCAAACGUGAUGUUAGCCAUUAUAAUUCUUAUGUGAAGGUAAAUUUUUGA